UCCUUUUAGUAUAGUUUCCUUUUAAGUAAAAGCUCUCCCGCAGUCUCUCCUGUUCACGGGUCACCUUCCCUCCCUAAUUUCUCUGUUACUUUUUGUAUCAAUUGAGCCUUAAUGGCUUCUCUCAGAAUUCAAUUUUCUCAAUUGGGUUUUCUACAAAAACUACACUUUUCAAGAACCCAACUCAAUCUUUCAAUAAGGAAGCAGAAAACUGCGUGUAGUUUGAGAAAUGGACCGAGAAAACCUAUGUGGAGGUCAAGGGUGUUGUCCACAGAGGCAAUACAAGCUGUCCAGUCUCUGAAAUUAGCCAAAUCACCUGAAAAAAUGGAGGAGGUUUUGAAAAUCAAACUUAGUAGGCUAUUGAAGGCUGACGUGUUGGACACCUUAACUGAGCUGCAAAGGCAAAAUGAGGUUCACUUGGCUCUCCAGGUGUUCAACUUUGUCAGGAAUGAGGAGUGGUAUGUACCAGAUUUAUCUGUGUUCAAUAGUAUGAUAAUGAUGCUGGGAAAAAACAAAUUGAUUGGAAUGGCUGAACAACUCUUUGUGGACAUGACGAAGGAGGGCUUACAACUAGAUAGCAGAACCUAUACAGAGUUUAUCGGGGCAUACUUUAGAGUAGAUCUCGUAGAGAAGGCAAUGGAAAUGUAUGAACUGAUGAAGAAAUCAGGAUUCCUCCCAGAUAAAUUGACUAUGAGUAUUUUGAUAAGGAGCCUUCAAAAGGCCCAAGAGAAAGAGCUUGUGGCUAGAGUAAAGAAAGAAUGCGCCGACUAUAUUGACUAUCCAGAGAAAUUUCUAAAAGAAAUUGAAAGUACCAAUUCCAAGCGAAGGUCGCUAGAUCUCAUCUGAAUUGUUGAAAUUUAUCUACAACAACCUACGAGUUGUGCGUGGAGCUCUUGUAACUAUUGGAAAGCAAAAACAUACUAGUAGAAUAUUGUUGUUUAUCCACAUGUAUUAACUAUUACUUGUUUUCUUGGUACAUGGAGGCGUUUAUUAUCUCAAUGAGGAGUGUUUUGUGAGUAAGGUGGAGAUGUUCACCCACUGGGUGCUUCUUGGGUGCUCAUCUUUGUAGGUGAUAGAUAGUAGCAUUUCCGACUUCUAUACAUAAAGGAUUUGUAUGUAACUAGGGCUCCUUUUGGCAAGUUGCUUGGUAUGGUGAUGAGCAAAUGCUUUGCUACAAUACGUAGAAUUAAUAAUAUAUAGCUUUUGAUGAUUA